CAACAACACGGCCGCUGCCAUGUCGAAUCCGACGGACGACGAGCUGCGCGCAGCCGUGCGUGAGGCGCGCGAAGCACACCCUGACUUGGGCGUCCUCAAGCUACUGGUGGCAGUCAAGGAGAAAGGCGUCACCGUGAGCGAGAAGCGUUUCCGCAAGGUGCUGUCCGAGGUCGGCGGAACCGUGGCGGGCGGCGCCGCCGUUGCCGCCUCCAAGCCGGCGAAGAAGAAGAAGGGCAAGAAAAGCCGUCGCGUCGGCGACCACCUCGAGCCCGAGACGCAUUUGGACGCCACACUCGACAUUAAGGCUAUCGCACCAAAGGUCAAGGCUGCCAUGUUCGGCGGCGCACGCGGGAAGGGCCUGGUUGCGGCUGAGGAGCUGCAGAUGGGCGAGAUGAUCUGGCGCGAGGAGCCGUUCAUGGCGUGUGCGAGCCCUGCUCUUCAUCAGAUGCUCAGCGCCAACCAGAUGUGCAAUCAUUGUCUCGCGGCAUGGGACCGCCUUCCUCGCACUGUCGCCGCGUGCCCGAAGUGUCCGGCCGCUUUCUGCUCCCGUCUGUGUCUGCAGCGGGCGCAAGAGUCGUCCCACCACCCCCUUCUGUGCGAGGGCACCAACCCCGCGGCCGCACCGCUGAAUGAGUUCAUCCAAGGCCGCGAGUGGCGCUCCCUUGGCAUCGUGGCCCGCAUCCUGGCGCGGUUCCUCGGCACGCGCGCGUGGGAGGGACCCGACGCCGCCAAGGCCUACGAUGCACGUAUCUUCUCCUUCGCCCGUGUGAACAUGGAGGAGCGCGAGCGUGACAACCCCGCUUUCGUCGCCGAGUCCGGCACCAUCACCGCUCUUUGGGGCAUGGCACACCAGUUGCUCCUCAGCGCACUGCAUCCUCAGACUGAGCUCGAACAGGCUCGCCUUGCGAAGAUCCUGCGUAAGGGCGGACGGCAAGUCACCCCGUUAACCGACGAGGAAGAGCAGCGCUGGUUCUCGUACCACGCGUUCCUCGAGCUACUGGGAAUGGUCAACAUCAACCUUGAGGACUCCGGCGGUCUCUACGCUCUGCACGCGCAUCUGAAUCACUCGUGCGAGCCAAACGUGCAGGUCCGCAACCUACCGAAGGGCUGGACGCCGCCCGACUCUCUCCCCGCUCCUCUACCGGAGCGCAUGCAGCGCGGCACGCACAAGCUGACCCUGCUGGCGCGCGAGACCAUCCCGGAAGGCAAGGAGCUCACCAUCUCCUACGUGCCGCUGGACAUGCCGCGCAGCGAGCGACAGAAAGCGCUUCGCAUGGGCUACGGGUUCUGGUGCGAUUGCGUGCGGUGUGAGCGCGAGAACCCUUCGAAGCAGGGCAAGACAAACGGAGGCGAGGAGACGCACAAGAAUGACGUCGUCGGGAGCAUCGCUACCGGCGUGCGAAGCCUUACCGUGGGCCAGUAGUUGUAAUCCAGCAUCAAUACCAUGCAUAUAUUUCGAACCUGUG